UAUGCUUGGAACAGAUUAAAGCGCACUUUAUUCGUUUUACCUGAACAAAUAACUCAUGUUUUCAAUAAAACACAAUAACUUUUUAUUUACUAUUGCUUUUAUCAAAGGUAUUGCUUCCAAAGAAAGUGCAAAUAGCGGAGAGGGUCAUUUUUUGGAGAAAAAGAAUGGAAUAGUUAAGACGAAUGACAUCUUCGAAGUAAAGCUGAAGCCAGGACUGAUGGAACUAAUAAAUCCUACAACACCAAAAUAUGCAGUUACAAUAAAUGCCUCCUAUUUUCUAGAAAAUAAAGAACUGUGCUCGUCAUUUAAAAACUUAACAAUUCUCAUCAUUGUCUUGUCUGCACCAAACAAUUUUCAAAGGAGAAAGAUCAUCAGAGAGACAUGGGGUAAUUCAAGAUUUUAUUCUAGUUACGGGACAGUCAAAGUAUUAUUUCUCCUCGGCAGUGUUUAUAAUACAAACAUUCAAGAUAAAAUAAAGGACGAAUUCAACCUUUAUGAGGAUAUACUUCAAGGAAAUUUCAUAGAUUCAUACCAUAACUUGACACACAAAACUAUAAUGGGAUAUAAAUGGUUGACUGAACGGUGUAGAAAUGCUAAAUAUAUCAUCAAAACAGAUGAUGAUAUUGUAAUAAAUUUGUUCACUGUUUUCCAAAGCAGUAUGCUUGAUAUAUCUGUUAAUCAGAAUCAUGUUCAUUGCCUUCGAUUCUACAACCCUCCAAUCGUCCGAGCAAAAAGCAGCAAAUGGUAUGUUGAACCGCAUCAAUUUAGAGGAACUAAACGUUACAGUCCAUAUUGUCUUGGACAAUACGUGAUGUUCCUUAACGACAUCGUCCCAUCUCUGUAUAAAUCUGCAUCCUCCACACCAUUCUUCAGGAUUGACGAUGUUUUCAAUUAUGGUAUCGUUAUGAACAAUAUCCCUGGGUUAAAAUACAAGCAAAUAAAAUCGAACGAGUUUGUGUCAUACUCAAAGUUGACCACACUAAAAUGCUGGGAACGUUUGGUGCCAAGGUGCAGUCAUGUGUAUAUAACAUUAGACAACGAAUCACAGGCAAGGGCUGUUUGGUUAAAUAUAGUUCGCCAAAAUCAGCGGAGUGAAAAAAAACACAACCACUAAAAUAUAAAUAUAAUGACCCAACUCAAAUGCUGGAAACAUUUUUGUGUCAAGAUGUCCUCACGUGUAUAUAACCGUAGAUGACGAAUCA